CCUACCGGCCGUAAGGAGUGGGAGCCUGGGGGCCGGGCGGCCAGCAGUCCCCUCCCGGGCACUCCACCCGCUGCUGGUGCCAACUUUGCGAUGGAGUUGGUGCGGGCGCUGUGGUUCGUCCUGGCGCUGGGGCUGGCAACGGGGUCCGCCCGCGGCCACCCACAGCCCUGUGGCGUCCUGGCGCGCCUCGGGGGCUCCGUGCGCCUGGGCGCCCUCCUGCCCCGCGCGCCCGUUGCCCGCGCCCGCGUCCGCGCCGCGCUGGCCCGGGCUGCCCUGGCGCCGCCGCUGCCGCACAACCUCAGCCUGGAGCUGGUGGCCGCCGCGCCCCCUGCCCGCGACCCCGCCUCGCUGGCCCGUGGCCUGUGCCAGGCGCUGGCCUCGCCGGGCGUGUCGGCCUUGCUGGCUUUCCCCGAGGCGCGACCCGAGCUGCUGCAGCUGCACUUCCUGGCGGCUGCCACCGAGACCCCGGUGCUCAGCGUGCUGCGGCGGGAGGCGCGCGCGCCCCUCGGCGCCCCGACCCCGUUCCAUCUGCAGCUGGACUGGGCCAGCCCCCCGGAGACGCUGCUGGACGUGCUGGUGUCCCUGCUGCAGGCCCACCGCUGGGAGGACGUCAGCCUGGUGCUCUGCCGUGUCCGCGACCCCGCCGGCCUGGUGGCUCUCUGGACAAGCCGGGCUGGCCGGGCACCGAGGCUCCUGCUGGACCUGAGCCGGCCAGACGUGGGGGAUGUGGGGCUGCGCACACGCCUGGCCCCGCUGGGGUUGCCUGUGGGAGGUGGGUCCCCGGUCCCGGUGGCCGUCCUCCUCGGCUGUGAUGCCACCCGCGCCCCUCGGGUGCUGCAGGCCGCACCGCCUGGGCCCCAUUGGCUGCUGGGCACUCCACUGCCUGCCGAGGCCCUGCCCACGGCUGGCCUGCCACCUGGGCUGCUGGCACUGGGUGAGGUGGCCCGGCCCUCACUGGAGGCCACCAUCCAUGAUGCAGUGGAGCUGGUGGCCCGAGCGCUGGGCAGCGCGGCUCUCGUGCAGCCAGAGCGGGCGCUCCUCCCGGCCGAGGUGAACUGCGAGGACCAGCAGCCGGCUGGACCAGAGUCCCCCGGGCGCUUCUUGGCUCGGUUCCUGGCCAAUACGUCUUUCCAGGGCCGCACGGGGCCCGUGUGGGUGACCAGCACAUCGCAGGUGCACCUGUCUCGGACCUUCAAGGUGUGGAGCCUUCGCCGGGACCCACUAGGCGCCCCGGCCUGGGCCACGGUGGGCACCUGGCGGGAUGGGCAGCUGGACUUGGAGCCAGGGGGCGCUGUGUCUCGGCCCCUCCUCCCAACAGGCUCCCAGGCCCGACCCAAGUUGCGCGUGGUGACGCUGGUGGAGCACCCGUUCGUGUUUGCCCGCGAGCCCGACGAAGACGGGCAGUGCCCAGCAGGGCAGCUGUGCCUGGACCCCGGCACCAACGACUCGGCUGUCCUGGACGCUCUUUUUGCCGCACUGGCCAAUGGCUCGGUGCCCCGCGCCCUGCGCAAGUGCUGCUAUGGCUACUGCGUCGACCUGCUGGAGCGGCUGGCCGAGGAUGUGCCCUUCGACUUCCAGCUGUACAUCGUGGGUGACGGCAAAUAUGGCGCCCUGCGGGACGGCCGCUGGACGGGCCUGGUGGGCGACCUGCGGGCUGGCAGGGCCCACAUGGCGGUCACCAGCUUCAGCAUCAACUCAGCCCGCUCGCAGGUCAUGGACUUCACCAGCCCCUUCUUCUCCACCAGCCUGGGCAUCAUGGUGCGGGCACGGGACACAGCCUCACCCAUCGGGGCCUUCAUGUGGCCGCUGCACUGGUCCAUGUGGCUGGGGGUCUUCGCGGCCCUGCACCUCACCGCGCUCUUUCUCACCCUGUAUGAGUGGCGCAGCCCCUACGGACUCACACCCCGCGGCCGCAACCGGGGCACCGUGUUCUCCUACUCCUCCGCCCUCAACCUCUGCUACGCCAUUCUUUUUGGACGCACCGUCUCCAGCAAGACCCCCAAGUGCCCCACCGGGCGCUUCCUCAUGAACCUCUGGGCCAUCUUCUGCCUGCUGGUGCUGUCCAGCUACACGGCCAACCUGGCUGCAGUCAUGGUCGGGGACAAGACCUUUGAGGAGCUGUCAGGGAUCCACGACCCCAAGCUGCACCACCCGCCGCAGGGCUUCCGCUUCGGCACGGUGUGGGAGAGCAGCGCCGAGGCCUACAUCAAGGCCAGCUUCCCCGAGAUGCACGCGCACAUGCGGCACCACGGCGCGCCCACCACGCCCGACGGCGUGGCCAUGCUCACGAGCGAGCCUCCCAAGCUCAACGCCUUCAUCAUGGACAAGUCACUCCUGGAUUACGAGGUCUCCAUCGACGCGGACUGCAAACUGCUGACCGUGGGCAAACCCUUUGCCAUCGAGGGCUACGGCAUCGGACUACCCCAGAACUCGCCGCUCACCUCCAACCUGUCCGAGUUCAUCAGCCGCUACAAGUCCUCGGGUUUCAUCGACUUGCUCCAUGCCAAGUGGUACAAGAUGGUACCUUGCGGGAAGCGGGUGUUCGCGGUUACAGAGACCCUCCAGAUGGGAAUCUACCACUUCUCGGGUCUCUUCGUGCUGCUCUGCCUGGGACUGGGCAGCGCCCUGCUCAGCUCGCUGUGCGAGCACGUCUUCUUCCGCCUAGUGCUGCCGCGCAUCCGCAGGGGCAGUAGGCUGCAGUACUGGCUGCACACCAGCCAGAAAAUUCACCGGGCCCUCAACACGGAACGGCGGGAAGGGCAAAGAGAGAGGCUGGAUCCAGAGCCCAGUGGUGCCGGGAAGCAGGAGCAGGACACCUCCGCGUACCAUGAGGGCCCAGGGCGUUGGAAACGAGUGCGCAGGGCCGUGGGCAAGGAGCGCAGAGUGCGCUUUCUCCUGGAGCCAGGGGUGGCUGCCGCCCAAGAAGCGGCGGAGGCAGAGCCUGGAACCCCUGAAGGUCCAGUCUGGAUGUGUUCCAACGGGCCCCCGCCCACUGCGAUGCCGGUGGCCUCUCCGCGCGCCGGCGAGCUGGAGGAGCUGGAGCGGCACAUCGAGGGCGUCCGCGAGAGGCUCCGUCAAGCUCUGGUGCGGCGCGGGGAGCUCCUGGCUCGACUUGGGGAUGGCGCUCGCCACCGGCCACUGCGCCUGCUGCAGGUCCAAGCGGCACCUGAGGAUGCCCGGUGAUCCAGAAUGCACCUGACACCCGAGAAGCUGAUACCCUGGGAUAAACGUCCAGCGGGAGACCCCUCCCCACAAGCACAUGCAAGUGCAGAGCCGGCCCUGUCCACGGACAGUUUAUUCUAUAUACAAACACAAUUUUGUACACUGCAAUUAAAUAGAAUGGAAUGAGCGCU